ACUGUGGAGAUAAAUACUGAGAGCAGGAGCUUCUUCCCUCUCACAGCUUUGGGAAGAUUCAGCAGAGGUUCUUGCUUCAACAGUGAUUGAACGGAACUUCUUCCUCCCUCCUGCACUAUUUAUUACUCCAGAUACAAACUCCACAACAGAGUUUAUUUUUCUACAGCCUUUUUGAUAAGAAAAGAAGAAAAUCAGCCGAAAUGGAGAACUCUCAGAUCCGUCAGAAUUACCACCGUGACUGCGAGGCCGCCAUCAACAGGAUGGUGAACAUGGAGUUCUACGCCUCCUACACCUACACCUCCAUGGCUUACUACUUCUCUCGAGAUGAUGUAGCCCUCAAAGGUUUCGCCCAUUUCUUUAAGGAGAACAGUCAUGAGGAGCGCGAGCACGCAGAGAAGUUUCUGGAAUUCCAGAACAAGAGAGGUGGACGUGUCUUCCUCCAGGAUAUCAAGAAACCUGAGCGUGAUGAGUGGGGAACUGGUCUGGAGGCCAUGCAGUGUGCUCUGCAGCUGGAGAAGAAAGUUAACCAGGCUCUGCUGGACCUGCACAACAUCGCCACGGAGAAGGGAGAUCCUCAUCUGUGUGACUUCCUGGAGUCCAACUACCUGAACGAGCAGGUGGAGAUGAUCAAGAAGCUGGGUGACCACAUCACCAACCUCACCAAGAUGGACGCCGGCAACAACAAGAUGGCCGAGUACCUGUUCGACAAGCACACUUUGGGGGGACAGAGCUAAAUCCUAAGGCUAAAGGCUAAGGCCUUCUAGUCUGUACGUUAUAAAUAUUGUAACGUGUCUUAUGGCUAAAGAGUAUUGUAGUAACACAUGCAACACCCUUUCCCACCUCCUUCUUCAUGUAUCCAGAAUUAAAAGAGCUUCAGCUGUGUUUAGGUCUGUUUUGACCAUUAAGCUUCUUUAUAAUUUUUUGUUUAGGUUUUGGCGCCCCCUGCUGGGACAUUUUUGCAUUCUGUUUGAAACAGAGAGACUCUCAAUCAUUUCUCUGUGCAAACCUUACGUUUUGAGAUACAAAUUUAACAGAAUUUUAUAUUUUUAUUUCAAGAAUAUCUGGAUGCAUGUAGACGAGGCCUAAGUUCUAUCUAAAUGUAAUAAAUAAACAUUUUGAGCUGGAAA